UAGAAAUAGUCUUGGGGUCGUACACAAUGUUACCAUCAACAACCAGUUUACCCAUGCUAUUAUAACUGGCAUUAGACUUCUCUGUAACCUAAAAAGUUUGCAGUGUAUUGUUUGCCCUGCUCCAUCCACAUCCUCACAGAUCAUAAAUGCACCUUCAGUUUUUUUAACUUGUAACUAUCAUCAUGUUGUUCUUGUAAUGUAUUGGGUAAAGCAGUUUCAUCACUUCACAAGGUUUCAGAGGGACUCUGGGUUACAACAAUUAUUUGCCACUUCCUUGUUUGCUACUUUCGAUGACGUCACAGACCACCUGACGUCUCACAAUUCCACUUUAAAAACCGGCUGCUUGUCUCUGCAUGUAGGAUUUUGGAAUACGAGGUCCUCGAAAGCAGCCGAUGAUCAUCAUGGCGAUCAAAACAAUCUUGUUUUUAGUGCUAAUUGCACAUGUACGCAGCGUCUCCUCAAAAGGUGAGGAGAGUUUUGUUAUAGAAGAAAAACGACCCACACAGCAAACACUCACAGAAGCACUGAACUCUACACUGAGUAAUUUUACACUGAUCCAAAAAGAGCUCAAUACUUCAUUGCAUAUCUCAGAUCAGGCUGUCGAGUUCCUGAAAGGCCCGCUGGUCACCCGCUUCAUGCCGUCCUUCUACAUCAUCAUCAUCCUCAUCAGUUUGCCUCUGAACGCUUUGGCUUUGGUGACGUUCACCUGCAGGAUCAGAGAAAAGAAACCAGCUGUGAUCUACAUGUCUCACCUGGCGUGUGUGGAUCUGCUCUUCGCCCUGCUGCUGCCUCUGAAGAUCCACUACCAGCUGAACGCUUCUGAUUGGCUGUUUGGUGAGGCGGCGUGUCGUGUGCUCACUGCAGCUUAUUACUGCUACAUGUACUGCUCCAUACUGCUGAUGAUGUGCAUGAGUGUGGACAGACUGCUGGGCGUUGCGCUUCCCAUCGCUUCGUUAACCUGGAGGAGCACAAGGAAAGCCUCAUGCGUGUGUGUGCUGGUCUGGCUGCUGGCGCUCGCUGGUACUGUGCCACUGCUCUCAAUGAGACAAACCUUUCUAAUUAAAAAUGUGGGCAUGACCUGUCACGAUGCGCUGGAGCAAGAUUCAACAGAACAGGUUUACCUGUACCUCUUCUUCAUCCUCUCCUGCCUGUAUUUCUUUGUGCCGCUGGUCAUCACUUUAGUGAGCUACUCCACCAUCAUAUAUGUGCUCAGUGUAAAGUCCGACCGCAUUUCUUCAUCUUCAUCCAACAGAAACAGAGCUGUGAUCAUGACUGCUUCUGUGCUGACUGAGUUUGUUGUGUGUUUUGGUCCAACCAAUGGCAUCUUGUUGUAUCACUGCAUUCGUUUAGCUACUGGAAUAAAAGGGGAGGGAAAUUCAUCAUAUGCUUCAUACAUGUUGGCUGUGUGUUUGGGGAGCGCAAGUGUUUUUCUGGACCCUCUUUUGUACUAUUAUGGUUCAUCUCAUUACAGAAAGAUAAUCAAGUCUGUGCUGAGAAGGAAAAAGCAGAAAAAGCAACCCCACGUAACGCAACUGUUACUAAAAACCAGCCCUGCAGUGACGUGUGAAACUUAAGGUGCCUUAUUAUGCUUUUGUACUCCAAUAUCAUGCAGUGUGUACUGUAACUCAUUCAUUCAUUUUCCUUCGGCUUAGUCCCAGAUUUAUCAGGGGUCGACACAGCGGAAUGAACCGCCAACUACUCUGGUAUAUGUUUUAAGCAGAGGAUACCAUUCUAACUACAGAAAUUGUAAAUGUGUGUUCACUGAAGGCGGUGAGAACGUCAAAGUAGCUGGAAGUCAUUAGCUUUCAUUGGGAGCCGGCGGUGAUAAGCAGGGAUGAGCUGUGUGGCAGUUAAGACGGACAGCUUUGUCGCCAUGGUGGCCUUCAUGAAAUGGUAAUAAUAAACAUUUACAAAGCGAUUUAAUACUUUCGAAAGUCAUGAUCGCAAUAUAUAUGUCCAUGCCUAAUAUCCGAUGGCCAGAAAGUGAUUUAUUGUUUUAUAAAUUGUUAAAAUUUUGGUAUUUGUUAUGCAUCAAGCCCAGAGAUUGUUGUGUACACUAUGACUUUAUGUAAAAUUUACUUUAAUGUGUGAUAGGAAUAAAGUGCG